AUGUGGGACGGGGGGGCUUGGGGGCGUUGGGGGGUGGCCCUGACGCUCUUUUCUAUUCUGUUUGCGGGAUGGGCCUCCGCGAGGUGGAUUUGGCGGCCGCGGAGGUCGGCCGAGAUGGUCCUGAACAUGUCCGACUUCCUCCCGGUGCGGCUGCUCUCGCGGCGGCAGGUCAGCCCGGACGGGUUUCUCUUCCGCUUCGCCCUCGAGGAGCCGGGGAUGCGGCUGGAGCUUCCCGUCGGCAACCACGUCGUCCUACGCGGGCCUUGCGGGGAAAAAAAGGAGGAAGGGAAAAGGGAUAUGGUCCAGCAUUCCUACACACCCAUAUCUGAGAAGAACGCCAAGGGCUACGUCGACUUUCUUAUUAAAGUCUACUUCGCGGGGGUGAACCCGAAGUUCCCGCUCGGGGGGCGUCUCACGCAGUACCUCCACAGCCUGUGUAUCAACGACGUGAUUGACAUGCGGGGCCCGAUCGGGAGGUUUGAGUAUUUGGGAAAUGGAAGGUGCAAAAUCGGAAGACGGAUGGCCGAGAGGACCACCGUGCGCGUGGAGACGUUAGCGAUGAUCGGAGGGGGGUCGGGGCUCACCCCUCUCCUCCAGAUCAUUUACGCUGUUCGCAAGGAUCCCUCCGAUACGACGAAAAUCAUUCUGAUUUACGCGAAUCAAACGCCUGAGGAUAUUUUACUGCGCGAUGAAUUGGACAGCAUCGCACAAAAUAGCCAAGGGAUGGUAAAGGUGUGGUACACGGUCGAUCGCAACGCGCCGACGGACUGGCCGUACGAUGUCGGCUUUAUUAAUGAAGAAAUGCUCCGCGCUCAUUUGUCAAUCCCUCAAAAACUCAAUGACGAGAAUUUACAAACUGAAAAGAAUGAGAACGGAAUGAAAGCGACAGGAACAAAUGGAGAAAAUUCUAAUAAAAAUGGAAAAGACAACAACAAGUGGGAAGAAAAGACGCGUUCGGUGCUCGCGCUGGUUUGCGGGCCUCACGCGAUGAAUCAGAACGCAGUGGUGCCUAAUCUGGAGAAGAUGGGUUAUUCCAAGGAUGAUAUAUUUGUUCUUUUAAUUACUUUAUAUAUAUAUAUAUAUAUAUCUUUUUUACCUUACAGGUAG